AUGGGCAAAAAGAUGAAGGUCGAGCACAACAUCCGCGACACGAGCCACCAGUCCGGCCGGAGACCCUCCAAGAAACCCGCCGCCGCCGCUGCCAAACCGAAGAAGCAGGCCAAGGAGGAGGCCCCGACCCCGACGGCCGAGUCCAACGCCGUCAGCGCCCUCCUCCCCAUGCCCCUCCAACAGCGCGUCCUCUCCACUUUCAACGCCGCCUACAACCCCGUCCUGACGUCCCGCGACCUCGGCGACGUCCUGCAGCGCGUCAAGGCCGCGCUGUACGCCCGCGACUUCGACGCCGCCUUCGCCCGCGCGACGCCCGAGGCCCUCGACGCCUACGCCGCCCGCUGGAGCCCCACCCGCGCACUGGGCUACGCCGCCGUGCUGCUGGGCAUUGCCGAGUACCUGGAGGAGCUCGAGGUCGAGGUCGAGGCUGAGGCUGAGGCGGCUGAGGCUCGGACGGCUGGAGACAAGGUCGAGACCACGGCGGAGGUCGAGGCGGAGGGGACCGCGGGUGAUGUUCACCAGGAUGCCGUCCCCCCCUCCUCCCAGACCCAAGCCGUCGGCACCGCUGGACCCUCUGGAGGCGAUGGACCCUCCGCGGAAGCUGCAGCAGCAGCAGACGACGAUCAGCCCGCCUCCGCCCCCGCGGCGGUGGGCGAGGACGUCACUCCCCCUCCACCCGCGGAGAUCGAAACCACCGCCGCUCCCGCUGCCGCCCCCUCCACGGCACCCAGAAAAUCCAUCAGGAUGCUCUCCGUCGGGGGAGGCGCCGCCGAGAUCGCCGCCUUCGCUGCCUACCUCUCCGAGCAGCCGUCCCGCUCCCUCGGAGGCACCGUGGCCCUCCUCGACUCGGCGCCGUGGGACGACGCCGUCGCCAAGCUUCACGCCGCCCUCACGACCCCGCCACCGCUGUCGCAGUAUGCCAAUGCCGCCGCCAGGGCCGCCAACGUCGCCAUCGUCGAGCCCGGCCGUCUCACAUCCUCCUUUACGCAGCAGGACGUCCUCGCCAUGACGCGCGACCAACUCUCGCGCUGCCUCAGGGGUGGGGACGGUGAUGGGCAUGGGAACGGGGGCGCGCCGGUACUCGUCACAUUACUAUUUACGCUCAACGAGCUCUACACAACCGCCGGCAUCGGCAAGACCACAGCCUUCCUCCUCGACCUGACCGCCACUGUGCCCCUCGGCUCCCUGCUCCUUGUCGUCGACAGCCCCGGCAGCUACUCCGAGACCGCCGUCGGCAAGGAGAGCAAGAAGUACCCCAUGCAGUGGCUCAUGGACCACGCCCUCGUCACCAAGCCCGAGAAGGAGGGUAUCGUUGAGGGAUGUCGCUGGGAGAAGCUCGAAUCCCACGACUCCGUCUGGUUCCGUCUCGCCGACUCUCUAAAGUACCCAAUCCCCCUCGAAAACAUGCGCUACCAAAUGCACUUGUACCGCGCUACAAAGCCUUAA